ACGUUAUUACGUUAUUGCAUAAUUUCUCGUGCAAUUUCUUGCGACGAUUCGCUGUUUUCCUGAGCGUAUUAAGAGGUAUUAUUUUCGGAAAUCAUGAAGAUUUGGAGUUCUGAACACGUUUUCCACCAUCCGUGGGAGACAGUCACCCAAGCUGCCUGGAGGAAGUACCCCAAUCCCAUGAACCCCAGCGUCAUCGGGAUUGACGUCCUUGACAGGAAGGUAGACGAGAGGGGUCGUCUUCACAGCAGGAGGUUGCUCACUACUGAGUGGGGUUUUCCAGGCUGGGUCAGAUCGUUGGUUGGUCUACAGCCUACAUGCUACGGGUCAGAAUACUCGAUAGUAGACCCUAAGGAGAAGACAUUCACUGCUAAAUCUGCUAAUAUUUCACUUCAUAGUUAUGUUUCUAUCGAUGAGAAAUUAGUAUACAAGCCACAUCCCACCAUUGAGAAUGCGACACUGUUGACACAGGAGGCUACAGUUACAGUGAAAGGAUUAGGUUUGGCUGGCCAGUUAGAGAAGAUGGUCACAAGUACUAUCUCAUCCAAUGCAAACAAGGGCCGUGAAGCAAUGGAAUGGGUCAUUGACACCAUCAACAGGGAGAUGACAGAUUUGGCGUCCACGGCCAAGAAAGGUAUCGAAGAUCUUACCAGUGGUAUAGAAAACAUAGAGUUUGAUUGACAAAGGCUUUGACCAGUGUAGUAGCUAGAGUUAUUCAUGUUGUCAGCCGUUAUUGACGGAAUAUCACAAGUCCACCACUAGAAAGAGAGGUAGAGAGAAUGGCAGGGGCAAGUCCAUGCUAUACAUUAAUAAGCCGUGUAAAACAACAAAAUAACUUUUCUGUUAAAAGGAGUUCUUUUGAGAUUUGUUGAUAAAAAAGCGUAAUUUUAACAUAUAGCACAAAAUAGCUUGAACUUGCCCUGUUAUGUUUGUUAAACUGUCUUCCAGUGCAUAAAGUUACAGAGACUAGACUAUCGAGAUACUAUGUAUGACAGUAUUAACUUUUAUUGUGUCAGUACUAUAAGUUAGGGGAAGUAUGAAUUGAGAUGGACUUCAUUUUAUAGCUCAAAUGAUCACACAUCAGUGGCAACAAAUGAAUGUACCAUUGAGCCAGAAGAAAGCUGACAUAGAAGAAAGCAAGAGACAUCAGAAAGUAAUGUAUGCUCUUAGCCUCUGGUCAUGAAUUUCAUUACCAGCUCAAUGCUUAGUCCUUAGACGAAGCAUUUAAUCAACUUCUCUCUCUCUCUCUCUCUCUCUCUCUCUCUCUCCCUCCCUCCCUCCCUCUCUCUCUACUUACAUGUAAAUACCUCGGUGUAGUACCUAUGGGUAUGUGGCUAUUCGUAUGUAUGACGAGGAAAAAGCCACAGUAAUGAUGACAAGCUAUUUAUUUCUCUCUUGGCACAAAGGUGCUGUGUAGAUUUAGUUAUUGUUGCUGGUGGCAAUUUCAGUCGCUAGUGGUGUUUUCCAACAAUGUGAGAUGCUGUUGUAUGAUACAGUACACAUUUCUGGCAUUUAGAUGAUCUCAAAUCUGUAUGAUCUGAGUGGUAAGCUGAUAAUCUACCACUGUAAUACAGGUUAGAGGAUGAAAUAAGGAUGCCAAAGACAGAUGUUCUGUUGGUGGAAGAUUACAGUACAAAGUACUUGGGGACAAUAUCUAUGACCAUUUAAAAAUAUAUUAUUGGUCAAAUCUUGAAAAGUGUGUGAAUUUUUAGAUUGAUAUCAAGAAGGAUAUUGUCCACUAUUUUGUAUUUGAUAUACUUUGUGAAAGAGACAGAUAAACUUAUCAGUUAUCAGUGGCUUGCGUAUUUGGUGGACUUGUGAUAGCUAUUUCAUAAUAUACAUGUAUAUAUAGAAAGAGAAUAUUUAUUUGUGAUAACAAAAAAAAUGAAAAGGACCAAAAAAACACGAAAAACUAGUCAAAUGAAAACCAGGAGAUAGGUGAUUGUUUACGCAUGGAUAAUUCUUACUAGAAUAGUUUGUAGCUUCUUUGAAAGUUUUUGAUGUGUAAAAUUGAGGGCAGUUUGCGUUUGAGUCACUCCAGGGUAUUUGGAGAAUUUCGUUUGACCUUUUGAUGUCCAGCCACUCAAUAUAUUGUAAUGAAGAACAUGUAAAUGGUUUUUAAUUAGAUAGAAAAAAAAUAGGUAAUUUCAGAGGGUCUAUCAUCUUGUUAUAUUGUAUAAUAUGAUAUAAUACAGGUAUCUAUUACAAUCUUCUGGAAACAGUGAUAUCUUUCUUCAUGUCACAUCAACAGUCACAUAUUUGAGCAACAACAAAAAGUAAGGAAUUCUUGAUUUUAAUGUGCCUUUAUUUAUUUAUAAAGUGGGAUGUGACAUAAAAGAGAUAUUGCUGUAGUGAUUAACAGUCUGACUAUUUUUUUCCACAACUUAUGAAGGUGCUAAGAUAUUGACAGAUAGCAAAUUGAUAUUGACUUCUUUAAUGUGAUUUGUAUCAAAUAUGAAUCAGAAAUUCAAAACAUGUUUUAAGCACUUGCUAGUUUUGUGACAUAAUCUGUAGAGGCUGUGUUUUCUAUGAACAUCCUAUCAUUUUAGUGAUGGCAAUCUAGGAUUGCGUUUACAAGGAUUAACAAACCUUUACAUGUAUUUGAAGUAUCUUCAUUUUAGUUUUUUUCACCAAUUUGUCAUAAUUAUAGUUAUAUUCAGAAAUUUAUUUUCUAAAGGUUACAUUCCAGCAAAGCUGUAAGAUGUGUAUAUUUAGAAUGGUGAUAUAUUUGAUGCUGUGAUUGUUAUCGUAUUUAAAUGCUUGUGUAAAUGUGUAAAGGUGGAGGGAAGUUUUAAGCAAUUCUUUUAUGAGACAUACACCUGUAACUGCAAAUAGUAAUUCAUCAUUUUAAUCUUCGACCAUUGAAAUAAUAAAUAGGGCCAUCCCAAAUAUGAAUAUCACUUUUUUUAGUAAAUCAAAUCUAUCCAUGAUUGUGUGAAAAUUUAAUGAAUACUCAAAAGGAAUUCAAGAUUUUCUGUAGUGUAAUCAUGGUGAUAUUCUUAAUUGAUGGGUCAUUAUGGUUCUUAGACUUUUUUGUGAAGAAAGUUGUUCUCACACUUGACACAUUUCCAUGAUAAUAAAGUUGGAUAUUGUUGUGUGGCUGACAGGAGGGCAUUAGUGCCCAUAUCUAUUCUGAAAUUCACCUGCUAAUACCUUAUGCAAGGCCCAUAACAAUAUUUCCAAUACUUUUCAUUGUGUGCCAGCACUACAUUGACAUUUUCAUGGAAUGUUGGAGCCAUACCAAAUACAGUAAUAUACCGUAUGUGAAUUAAUAAAGUCUUCCAGUGUGAAUGUUGGUGUUCUAAGUUGUAGGGAUAGCCCUACCUUCGUAAAAAGAUCAUGUGACUGUUGAGAUCAAAAUAUUUGCAUAUUUUUAUUUCUCUGUUAAAUUAUAUACAUGGUGGUGUAAUUUUGUUAGUGCUCCAUCUGUUGUUAGCUCUUAUCAGUACAGUCUCGCCAGUUUUAUUUAUAUUUUACUGAGUUAGGUUUGAGAUCAAAUUUGUUAAAUUUCAUUGGCAUGAAGUUCCUUGAACAUUGUGGUGGAUUGAUUUGCAGUAAAAAUUCAAAAACCUUUAAUAUAAUCUAGUGCUUUGCUAAAUUUGAUAGAUUUGAAGUUAUGAAGAUUGUUCCAGCUUAGAUAGUUUUUACUUGAUUCUCAGGGCUUGUAAUAUGUAUAUUAGAUGCACUAGGCUAUGAAUUUGUGUGGGUUGAAUGAUUUCUAUUUCAGUUCUAUAUAUUCAUUUGUGCUUUGUUUGAAUUCAAUCAUGACAUCAUUUUUGUGUAAAUCCAUUGAUCCAAUUAUGUACUAUCACAUUUCUCUUUUUUCAUUUUAAUGUAUUACAAAAUUAUUUCUUUACCUUGCCAAUAGUUUCAAUCUUUACUUUCUUUGAUUACUUCAAAGUGCUUUUAUAUUAUGGAAAUUCUGUCGGUGUAAAACAAGUAUAGUUCUGUUAUAUCGAGGAAACUGAUGCUUCAUAAUGAUGUUCUUGUUUUACCCCGGUACUGCUCUAAUGAUAAUAAUUAAUAAUUUUGUUUAAUAGUUUAUUAUUAUACUUCUGGGAAAGUCUUAGUCAUAUUGUUAUUACUGAGAAUUAAUGUGGAGUUGUAUUUGUCACACACAUAUUGAUACAUGUAUACUGCUACAGUAUUAGAGAAAUAUGACUAUUUCUAAGCUCCCAGUAUAGAAGUUGAGUUUACAGUGGUUAAACCUGUCUAUGGCCUGUAUCCUACUCUUUCACGUAUACCUGACAUGAGAACUAUUGUUAAACUCCACUUUAGUCUGAGCUUAAACCCGUUGUCUGAUUUAAAUUUUAGUAGAAUUUAACCUAUGAAGUUAAAAACUAAAGAAUGACCCGUUUUUCAGUGGUCUUAUUGGCUGAAAGGUUGUUGUGUGUCUGUCAAACAGAUGAACUGGGCCAUUGUAAACAACCAAUUUUUUUUAACAUUGUUUACAAAAAAAAUAUUAACAGGGAAAAAGGAUAUUGUAAUAUUUUAUCCCAGUCUGCGACAAAUUCAAUUAAAUACCUUUCAGAUCAAUAUUUAGAACAUGAAAUGGGAUAUGAUGUGCUCAUCAAGUGUAAACAUUGGAUGUUAACACAUAUUAUCAUCAGUUAUUGUGAUGGAAAAAACACAUUUAAUGUCAUAUUCUAAAAAAUGCUAUACUAUUUUGAUGUGAUGUUGUGAGAGUUAUUGAUGACUAUGAUCUUAUUACAUCUGGUACAUGAAAUCUGUAAAAUUGUGCAAAAAAAUGCAAUUUUGUGAUUGUACUGUUUUAACCUUUACUCAAAAGAAAUAUGGGUGUAAAAUAUGCAAAUAAAUUGGAAUUGAUUAACUUUUAA